UAUUUCCCAUAAUAUGACCCCCCUAGCACCCAUGAAUUGCCCUGCGAAAUGAAGUGUUACAAUAGUGCUUUCUAUCGGCCACCCGCCGAACCCCCAUAGACUAGAUUCACGAAGUAGCUAAAUACUUUUCUUCUCCUUCUUAUUCUCCUAACCCUAACUACACGUGCCACAACCUGCCGAUAGAAAUCGAACCACGUACACCUACGGUACUAUGGCGCCUGUGGCGUCCAUGUUGUGCUCCAUACGAUCAUUGCGAAAAGAACAACAUGAAGCAAAAGUGUGAAGAUGAAGCUGGAAAUUGAUAGGAGCAAGGAAGUAGGUCUUGACAUCUUCUAUUAGCAUUGCGUUGUUUCAAUGCAGACAGAAAGAGUGAUGUCGAAGUGGUCAUUUGGUGUUGCACGGGGAAUGAACGGGCAAGAAAUGCGGUCGGUCUUCCAACCCGGCAGAAGGCGCUCCUCCUUCCGUACAUCAUCAAGCGCUCACCUGGUGUUUCUUAUCCUCGCCCAAAAACUAUUUUUGUGCCAGAUCUGGCCGCUUGUGGAGGCGAUUACGGUCCGGCGCAUGAAGACCACGACCUCGGCAAGAAAGACCAGGGUCGUCGUCGGUAAAGUAGAACCAGGAACGCGAACAAAACCCGAGCCGUCAGGAGGUGAAGAGACCAGAAUAACGCCUACUCAGUGGGGGCCAACCGUGGAGGUGAACGUGGGGCAGGAGCCGGCGGUGAGAGCAGGAUCUGGAGAUAGACAGAGAAAAACCCCUCCAGCUGUAGUGAUGCUGGCGGAUAUUCGUGGCGCACAAGAACCAGCAGGUACAACUAGUGGUGCAACAGCAACAACAUCUCUGGCUGAAACAAACGAGGUUAAUCAAGAACAUCCGCACGUCGAGGGCGAUACAGGUAGAAUGCGACAGGUGAAAAUAAAGCGACAUCCUGACCCAGACCCUGCACUAGACGAGGAGGCAGCACUUCAUGCUCCUGAUAUUGAUUCAGUAGAUCUAGAUUCACGCCAACAUGGUGUUGGUGAAGACCACGACGGCGCUUCAUCCCAAGACAACGAUACGUCUGGAACAACACCACUGUUCCUGGAGGUGGCAGAGGCUGAGGCAAAACUAGAAAUACACCAUGCGCAGAACCGCAGCGGACAGCGAGCAACCACGACCAGCACGAGUAGAAGUAGUGCAUUACACUUACAGGCGAAGCUGGACGACGGCGUUGGAGCUAUAGGCGCAGGAGCAUCUGCUCCUCUACAGCAAGAGCAAACAGCACUACCUGAUCUUUUGGAUUCAUGCUGCAGCCCCUCGGACAACGGCGCUGGUGAACCAGUAGAAGGGGCGUCCCGUUCAUCCCUCCAGGAGCUACCACCACCUCCGUUGCAGCAUAAAGGCGCCCCUAGAAUAGACGAGGAGAGAAAUGACCUGGAGCUGGACCAAAAGCAAGGGUCCUCUGAAGCGGAAGCGCCAGCCCACCCUUCAGAAGCACCAGCCCUGGUGUCCUCAUCCUCACUAGCGGCGAUGUCAGAAGCACCUACCUCCCCAAGUCGGGCCGAAACGAUGGAGCUACUCGCCUGCAUGCCGGUCACGCCUCUCGUUUCCGGUGUAUUCCACAAUUCGCCCCUCGAUGAGGUGUACGCCCCCUACGUACGGCGCGAGUGGCCGCUAGACGCUCAGGGCAACCAGUGGCAGAGGGUUUACAUAGAGGUCGAAAAAAUCAGCGCGUCGGGCGCGGCGCUGGAGCUGCCACCAGCGACUGCCGCCAGCACUUAUCUCAUCACCCAGCGUGGGACACCGUCGCUGGACUCUAUGUUGAGUUACAACGCAGACGGCACGCAGGUCCAAUGGCCUCUCACCGUUGGCAGCUACGUCGUAAACGAGUCGAACGAAUCACAGGCGGGGUUCCUAGAAGAAGGAUCUGCGCAAGGCUGUACCACGAGCGGAGCGAAGCACACAUUGUCGAUCGAGCGCGCCGAGGACGAUUGCGUCGCGCACGAGUUGGUGUGGGCACGGGCCGCCACAGGGAAUGCGAAUGAAGAAGCGUUGGACAUGUCGUGCGCCGGCAACCAUCACGUUUUGCGCAUUUGUCCUAGCGAUAAGGCCUGCGAGGCUAGAAAAGUCGAGUGUCCCUGGGCGUUUGAAACCGGAAACUGGAUCUCGGAGACCGCGAAGGAAUACGUAUGCAAUAGACAGACUGGCUUCGCGGACGACCCGUGGCAAAGGUGCAUUGCAACCAAAACUGGAUCUAUUUGGAACCAGCACGAAGAGCACUGUUGCUACAACACGUACCAGUCCAGCAGAAGAUUGUGUCCUAUGCUGACGCCCGUGAUGUGUGGAGCUGACAAAGGCUGUGGCGGUUUGGACCAUUGCUGCGUGGAAUCUCCGGAAGACUGCUACUUUAACACCCACGGUUACUAUGAGGCACUGAAAGGUGGUUUGCGAACGUGCGGGCUCGAGGACAGGGACUGUCUCGGAGCCUGGGUGGACUACCCCGGCCACAACAAAAACGAGCCGCACGGGUGCAGCUGUGACUCUUCCUCCAGUCAGGAAUCCGUAUUCACCAUCGAAGUCUUCAAGGUUACCGACCCAAAACGCAGGCUGGGCAAGCACUGCGACCAUAGACACGGCGAGCAGCGCUUCACCGAGCAUUCCUGUGCCGCCGUUCGGGAGAUGGAGUUCAUGAACUGCCCCUUUCACCUCUACACGAAGACCUGCAGUGCGAGUUUUUGUGAAAAAAAGGAGCUCGAAACCGACAGUGGAAGCAAGUUCCUCCGCAGCGUGCGCGCGGACCGAGACGGGUCGCAGUGUGCGUUCGCAGCCCCCGGCAGCGUUUCUACGCAAGAGGAGAAGAAAGCGUUUGCGCGCCAGUGCGCAGAUUGGUGUUGCGAGUUUGAAUGCGAGAAAUCGUUUUGCGAAGAGGUUAGGCCGCUCGUGGGGACGGAAGAGGGCUACGACCCCGAGAACGCGGACUCGCGGCAGUGCCGCACUGAGUCGUUACCAUCAGCGUGGACGGAAGCGCGGAUAGCGCAGGACAGUGUGUCCUACUGCGCAGACCAAUGUUGCUUGAGUGCAACUACGUUGAUAGCUGCAACAACGGCCGCUCGUCCCGCUAUUGCUGGCGGGGCCGGAGAAGGGGGAGAGUCAAUAGAGUUUUCAGACACGACAAACACAUCUUCGACAACACUCCCGUCGUCCGCGCAAGGAGAACAAUCUGCAGGUGGUGGUGGCACGACAGCAAUGAUAACCUGCAGCGAGGCCUUUUGCAGUAGUCUCGUCUUCCCGUUGACGUUGGACACUAGCGCGACUCCUGGCGCCGAUCAAAUCCUGCUGUGGCGCUCUGUCAAGCCGGAGAUGGACGGUCAAAGCUGCGGGGCGACCGGUUUUGAUGUCACAGAGGAUUGCGGCGAGAUCUGCUGCCACUCGCGGUGCGAUUCCAUCUGCUCCGCGUUAGAUAUCGGAAUCAAGUGGACCUGCCCGGUCACUCCUGAAGACGCGGUUUUGUUUAGCACCACGGCCGCGACAGUCGGAGGCACAUCAACUUCUGCGGCCGAAGGCACUACUAGUGGUACCACAGCGCAAGAAGUCGCGCAACCGAAUUUCGACGCCCCAAUAAAGCGGUCAUCCGAUUCGUGCACUACCGCUGUUGACGAUGUCACUAACGUGGUCUCGUAUGCCACGGUGAGCUUCUGUAACGGGAGCUGUUGCGACCCCGAGGCGAAGGCCUUUUUGGAAAACCGCAAAGAAGAACCGUACGCGGUGUGCAGCGAAAACCUCUGCGCGUCGGCACCGCCGAAACUGGUGGAGGCCAGCAACGGGCAGACCUGGCAGGUUCCCCGGACAGUGAACCCGGGGGUAGAUGGACGUAUUUGCCCCUACACGGCGACCAAUUUUGCAGAAGCGACCCCGGCGCAAGCGACCGCGUUACUUACCGUACUAUGCACGGACUUCUGCUGUUACCUGGACCCCGAUAGCUCGAACAGUGAGCAGGUGAUCGACCCCAGCACGGAAGGAACAUCAGGUUCCGAAGGCGAAGCCUCCGCGUUAACCGGCGUUUUUAUCGGGUUGGGCGUUGGCGGGGCGAUAUUUCUCGCGUUUGCCGUGUUGCUGCUCGUGUUCCAUUUUUCUGCCGAACUCGACGACGACGAUGAUUUGUACUACUACGGAGGUAAUAAUGGGGGCACUAAGACUAACAACUACGAUCAUUAUUCGCACAAUAGAAAUAAUCAGAAUCCCCUAACAGUCAGCUCAAUCGCCGCGUCGUCAGAAGCGGAGACAGACGAUAAGACAGCGUUGACGCCUGCUGGUACAACCCGAGCGCGAAAGAUGAACAAGGGCGGGCCCGACAACAACGGGAAGAUCUCGAUGUUCUCCCUAGAUCUGCACACGGCUGAAACGGCUGCGGUGGCCUUGGGAUUAACCACUACCUAUGCCCUCAAGGUCGCGGAGCAAGUCUGUCAGGAGGGUAUUGGCAAUGAAGAAAUUUUAAUCCAAUCCGACACCCAGGCCGACCACGAUUUACUCCGUACGCUCGCACGCCUCGAGCUGCGGCUCUCCGCCGCGGACUUCCCACUCAAAGUAGGCCGCAUGCGCGCGUUAUUGCAGGGCCACUGCGAGAAGCACCCGAGUUUCCGCACCUUUCUGCUUGGCUUCGAAGCCGCAGAAACGGCGUUUCUAUCAGCCGGGCUCUCUGCUUCGUACGCGUCUAAGGUCGCCGCUCAGGUGUCAAACGCGGAGAUAUCCGAUACCGCGGACUUAGAGAAACCUAUCACGGAAUCGGAUCAGAAGGCCAUGUCUCUACUUGGCUUCGACUUCAGCGUAGACAAUGAGCCGGAGCACGUGGGGAGAUUGCGGAUUUUUAUGCGGAAUUUAGUGCAGAAAAAGUACGGCAAGCAGGAUCUACUGGAGCAACAGCUCGAAACCGCGGAGAAAUCAAUCGCUUUGGCCGAAACGGAGAAAGCACUGGUCACGCAAGGCUUCUCCCCGCCCGGCGCGGGGAAGCUCGCGAAGAAGCUGCUGGAGAAGGCCCGACUGUCGAAAAAGUCCUCAACUAAAAAGACGUCGGAACGGGGGCAGGGGACAGGGGCGCGAGCGGCCACUUCCGGUGCGGCCAGUACGAGCAAGGCUGCUCCCGCGGGGGACCAACUGCAAGCAUCAUCUCCGUUGCAGAGUCCUGAGCUCGACCUAACAGAGCAGAUAUUGAUCAAAGACGGGUUCGAUGAGGACUCGGGCAAGCGGCUCGCAAAGCGAAUCCACCACGACGCCGAGCUACUGCUCGGCGCGGCGCCCAAGAGCCCGGCCGAGAUGAUCCCGGAAGUGCAAGCCGCGUUCGUGGCGGGCACGGUAAUCACCUGGGAGACGCUGGGAAUUUCCGGCGACAUCGCGCAAGCGUUGGUUCGCCGCCUCGUGCUGGGACAAGUGGAUAAAACCUCUACGGGAGGAGGUGCGACUACAAGGGCUACGCAGGAUGGUGCAAAAAAGAACUCGUCAACAACUGCAGCGGCUGCGGCGGCUUUGUCUACUCCCUUCGCGGGGGGAGCAGGAGGUCAACAGGCUGUUGUCCCCGCCGGUGAACAAACGCCCCCGGCCGCGCUGCUCCUGCGCUUCGACGAGGGGGACAUAGAGACACUCGGGUUGAGCGAGCCGGAUGUCCUACUUUUGCGACGGAUGCAGGCGGAGGCGGGGCCCGCGGACGAUGUCUGGGGUCGGUUCAUGGUCACGAAGAAGCGUGGCACCGCAGACCGCAUCUACUACGACCCCACAAGGGGACCGAGUGCCGACGGCGGACGGGGGUCGCGGAUUUCGAUCGACUUGAGCCCCUUGAGCAAGGUGCCGGAAUUGUUCGGCGAGGUCGAGCGCGCCUCGGUGCUGGAAGCGUUUUUGCCGCACAUGCCCCCGAAGCGGCAAAAGGACGUGCGUAUACAGCUCGGAACCAUAGCAGAGGAGGACGGGGAGGAGGCAGGAACGGUGGAUGGUGCGCCGGGCACGACGACAAAAGGAGCACAAGGCGAGCAAAUCGCGUCGAGUUCAUCUUCCAGUACGUGCUGCCCAUGCUGCUGUGGCCCGCCAUCCGACGCAACGCAGACUUACCAAGCGUCUUGGUUACCCGGGACCCUCGUGGGGCUGCCCAACAAAGGUGCUCCCGCGUUGUCGAUGGAGGGGUCAGCAAGAGGAAUUAAUCGGACGGGAAAUAAAACUAUGCAGCCGGGGGCCAACAGGUCAAGCAGAGGUGUCGACCCGCCGCCGGGGGGAGCUGUUGGUGGUGCGCAGCAGCAGGUGGAGAAUGCGGAGGUAGACCAGGUGAAUAAACUGAAACUUGAGCAGGCGGAAGCACUCAUGAAAAAGACGGAAGAAGGGGUCGUGCAAGUGGUGGAAGUGCCAGCUCCUGCUGGAGCAGCAACGCAAGAUCGCAGCAUCGAGCAACAGGAACAACAGCAAGUAGUACAUAUACACGCUUCCGCUGCGGAAAAAAUGAUGACCUCCGGCGGGCGCAGCCGCGAUACCGAACAGACGCUGUUUUCCGUGCAUAGCGAAAUCGAAUCGAAAGAUUUCUCACCCGCGGUGAACCAAACCCUCCACCUCGAGCGCCGGUUCGCUUCGGACACAAAUGCUGGGGAUGGAGAGGUAACAUCAUAUAACAGCGCUUCGAAGAAACAUCUUCCUCCGAUUCUGCCGGCCGUCGCGUUAGCGACGCUGAAGCCCAAACCACACCCACUUCUUCCCGAAAAUAAAACGGGUAGCGCGCCCAAGGUGGUUCCCCUGACCGACUUGGGAGCGAACAACAUGCUUUUGAAUCCACUGGGGCACCACCCAGACGCGAAGACAAAACCCAAGAAAAAAGUAAAGAAGAAACAAGACCCACCCGUUCCUGGCGUAGUUCCUGCUGUGCCAGCCCCAGCGCCAGCGCCAGGCCAAGGAGAAGAGACACCAGAGGGCCCCAGCGAUAAGGAGAAGUCGGACAAAGAAAAUAAGCAAAUAACCGACAGCGCCAGGAAAAAAACAAGCAAGCAAAGCACACCACCCGUACCUGCCGUACCUGGGCCGCGACCGCCGAGCCCCAGUAAUACCACGCGCACGACCGACAGUGACACAGAAGACGAUAAGAAUAAAAUUAUGGGCUCCGAAGAGGACUACGAGAACAUGGGCCCGGGGCACAAGGACCGGAAAAAGAAGAAGGAAAAGAAGGAGAAAAAGGAGAAAAAAGACAAGAUCAUCAUCGAAACACCCCCACAGAUGAUCACGGAAGCGGAAAAUGCGCUCGUGGACACGGGGUUUGAGAAGCAGCGGGCGAGGAAACUUGCGGAAAAACUAGGCUCACUGGAAAUUCCCGGUUCGGAGAAGUUGUCGGAUAAAGACCGAGCAAUUGCGGCCAAGGGGCUGGAUGGCGAACGCACGCCGACGCUCGCGGAUCUAAUGGAGCAGCUGGCGGUGCAAAAGGCGCACUUCUUCAAAGUUUCCAUGAACGCGGGGCAGAACGACUUCUACGAAAAGGUCGACCCGAAGACGCACCAGAUGAGCGUUCUCCUCGCACGACUACUAAAGGGCCAGCGCCAAUUCUUGGCAAAGAAGAAAGAGAAAGGCAAAAAGGACAAAGACAAAGGCCACCAUAAUAUUAGGGAAGACGCCGAGGAGCUUUGAGAAAGAAAAAAUAGGCCUAUAGAGUAGUUCUAGUUUAUUGGUAGAGGAAGUGUCGUCAUUUGUACUAUCUACUGCAACUAAAAAACUACAGUAUCAAUCAAAAUUAAAAUUUGUCUUUUGAACCACACAGACACAAAUUUGCAUUUGAG